GAGGCCGCCGAGCUCAAGGAGUCGCUCGGCGCCGCGAGCGCGGAGCUCGUGAGCCUCAAGGAGGCGUCGAUGCGCGACGCGGGCCUCGGCCGCGUCGCGGAGAUGGAGGAGAAGCUGCGCGACGCCGACGUGACGCGGCGCAAGCUCCACAACACGAUCCAGGAGCUCCGGGGCAACAUCCGCGUCUUCGCGCGCGUGCGGCCGUUCCUGCCGAGCGACGGCGCGGCCGCGGACGCGCCGCCCGUCGUCGUCGACAUGGCCGACGGCACGUCGCUGACGCUCGCCGCCGAGGACGACGACGCCGACGGCGAGCCCUUCGGCGACAAGAAGCGGAAGCGCCGCAAGGAGCUCUUCUCCUACGACCACGUCUUCGGCCCGUCGACGGGCCAGGAGCGCGUCUUCACCGAGGUCGCGGAGUUCGUCCAGUCCGCGCUCGACGGCUACCAGGUCUGCCUCUUCUCCUACGGCCAGACGGGCAGCGGCAAGACGCACACGAUGCAGGGCACGGGCACGGGGCCCAUGCGCGGCAUCAUCCCCCGCGCGAUGGAGCAGGUCGCCGCGUACUGCGACGCGCAGCGCGCGCGCGGCUGGGCCUACGAGAUGGAGGUGUCCUACGUCGAGAUCUACAACGAGCAGGUCCGCGACCUCCUCGCCGACAACGGGCCGGCGCCGGCGCCCGGCGGCGACGUGCGGCCCCCGAAGCCCGCGGGCCUCGAGGUCCGCCGCGACCCGAAGACGGGCCGCGUCUACGUCGACGGCUGCACGCGGACGCCCGUGGACCCCGGCGACAAGGCCAUGGUCGACGACCUCAUGCAGUGCGCGGCGACGCACCGCUGCGUCGCCGCGACGGACAUGAACGCGGUGUCGUCGCGGUCGCACGCGGUCUUCACGCUCCACCUCACGGGCACGCACGCGGAGAAGAAGGCGCGGCUCAAGGGCGCGCUCAACCUCGUGGACCUCGCGGGCUCCGAGCGCCUCGACCGCUCCGGCGCCGUCGGCCAGCGCGCCAAGGAGGCGGCCCACAUCAACAAGUCCCUCUCCGCGCUCGCGGGCGUCUUCUCCGCGCUCAACCGCAAGCAGACCCACGUGCCCUACCGCGACUCCAAGCUCACCUUCCUCCUCCAGCCGGCCCUCUCCGGCGACGGCAAGACGCUCCUCUUCGUCAACCUCUCGCCCACGCCGGGCUCCGCGAACGAGUCCCUCUGCUCGCUCCGCUUCGCGAAGCAGGUCCAGUCCGUCGAGCUCGGCAAGGCGAAG